AGACGACGGGAGGGCUCAUUUGUAGUCGUUUUUGCCUUGUAUUCUUUCUUUUAUCUCCCUUUGCUGUUUACCUUCUUCCACUGUAAUUUUCUGUAAUACCUGUCGUGAAUCGUCUGAAUAUCAGAUAUUGCACAGCCUUCAAUAUGUCUGGAAAUACAGUGAAAUUGAAUGUCGGUGGAACUGUAUUCGAGACCUUGAAAUCUACUCUAACUAAGCAUGACGGAUUCUUCAAAGCGUUGAUUGAAACUGAUGUUCCGGCUGAAAAGGACGAUUCCAACUGUUUCUUCAUUGAUCGGUCUCCGAAGCACUUUGAAACAGUUCUCAACUACAUGAGAUCCGGUGAUGUAGUCCUUCCGGACUCUAAAAAAGACAUGCUAGAAUUGAAAAAAGAAGCUGAAUACUACCUGCUGAGCAAUUUGGCAAAAUUAUGUCAACCACCAACGGACAACUUUAAAACAUGCACACCUGAGGAACUGAUGCGUGUAGUUGCGAACACGGAUAAGAAAGUUAUUAUGAUCAACUAUUUAACUUACAAUGGUGAGCUCGUCUUCUACCCGUGGGGUUUCAAUCUUGUUCAUUUUUUAAUUCAAAAUCGCGAUUAUGUGGAGGAUGUCUACUUUCGAAGAACAGAAUCUCAAUACCCAGAGGACGGACCUUUUCCAAAUGAGAAGCCAUAUUGGACUUUUCUUGUCUACAAUUCUACGCGUUCAGGUCGUCGACCAUUCCGGCACACGGUGGAUCUGGAAGAUUGUAUGGGCCAUAUGUAGCAGAUAAAUUAAAUAAAUUCCACAACGUUACCUGAAUUAAUUUUCCACCAAACAAAUGAUGAUUUCUCGAAUAAAUUCCUUUUCUUUC